AUGGUCAUUCGCCAUCUGUUUCACCUGCAUCCUCCUGCACAUCAGGACUCUCGAACCUCAAUUGCUUAUUACUUCUUCCAAAAGGAAAAUAAGGACGAGAAGUCGGUUAACAAAGCAUUACGGGCUAUAGUAUGGCAGCUUACUGACAAUGACGUGGUUUACCGAAAGUGGGUUGCUGCUGCUUGUAAUAAACCAGAAGAAUUCGGAAAUUCUUUAGAAUUAUGGAAGCAGUUGGUUUUUCAAUUCUCAACAAAAACUGAAGCUACAUUUUUUAUUGUCCUUGAUGGCAUCGAUGAAGCUGAAAUGAGCACCGGCCAUCCGCUUAUAGAAAUUAUUCGAGAUAUCUCAUUAAUGUUUCGAGAGAAACGGCCACUGAGUAUCAGAUUGCUGUUGACCGGUAGACCAAGAGCCUUCAUGGAAAUUCGGAAUGACCCAAAGAUAGCGUUGUCGUCUAUUACCUUGGGAAUUAGAAACGAGGAUGAUAUUGUCAAAUAUAUCGAUGCCCGAAUGGAUCACAUGGAAAUUCUAAAAAGAUCAAGCCACCCGGAUAUUCAAGAACUGAGAAGUUGCAUUCGGGUCAAGCUUACAGGCGGUGUUGGAGGUGACUUUUUCAAGUUAAAUUUCAUGCUCACCGAGAUUAGCAAGAAGAGAAGACGAAAAGAAAUCGAAGAAGUCUUGGAGCAUGCCGAUGAAGACCGACUGGACACAAUCGCUCGUGAAAUUGAUCGACUGAACAAGACACUUGGUGAAGAGGAUAUCCAGGAACUUAACGACCUCCUAGGGUUUGUUAUUACCUCCAUCAAGGCCCCAACCCUUGAAUUACUCGAGGCUGUUCUUCUUGUCAAGAACGGCGAAGGUUCACUUGUGCCCCUACGAGAGCAGAUACAAGACAAAUAUUCUGCUUUCCUGGAGAUAGCGUCAGAUGGCACGGUUUCGAUCACCUCGGAUGCUAUCAUUGACUUUUUCCGUAAUGAAACAUUUGCUGCAAAGGAUCUCACACCAGGGCGGCGUGGUGCCGCCCUCCAUGAAGCCGAGGUUGCAAUUAUUAGGCGAUUCUUGCGGAAUGUUUGCGAUGAGGAAUUGUUCAACAAAUUUGGAUUCGAAGAAUUCUUUAAACGCAAGUUGAGCAACAAGUCGGCUUGUAUAAACGUCAAUUUUGACCGCGCCAAAGUUGAUAUUGUCGCUUAUUGUCUCGACGCCAUUUGUGGUGAACCCAGCGACCAGACGGCCUGUCUGGUGAAUUAUGCUUCCUAUUUCCUUGUAUAUCACCUUGAUGAUGUUGAUCUAGAUCUCAUAGCCCCCGAACCAAAAAGCUAUAUCGGGUCUCGUCUUAUCAAACUUUUUUCCGACGAAGAAUGCAUCAAUGCAUGGUGGGCACCAGAACGAAUGUGGAUGUAUGAAAUGUGGACCUAUGAAGAUGCCAAUGUUAUGACCAUAAUGAAAUGGUUUAAGGACUCUGCUGUUGUGAAAGGCCUUUCGGGAGCGGAAAAAGAAUGGCUUAAUGGCUUAACGUCGAAUUCAAAGCCGGAUGAUGAUCUCCUUAGACCGACAGCGAAAAUAAUGGCAAAGCGUUGGUUAAGGUACUUAAACUGGGGUCUGGCAAAAUCGGUCUUGUGGCUUUUAGGCUACGUCAAUAAAAUAAAAUCCAGGAUUGACGGUUCAGAACGCACGGCUCUGACUCCGUACCCGACCGAGGAACAGAUUUUGGAGUUAGAAAGUUGGGCUGAGUCCGAGUUAAAUGUCACAGAAAAAGACAAGUAUUGGAAACUGCAAAUGGCAUUCACGUUCGUUGACUUCAGAUUGGGCAAAAAAGCUGUUGAGCUCAGCCUGUCUUCUUGUGAGGAUGAACCUGACAGCUGGGAACCUCAAUUCUGUCUUGCUAGGGCAUAUGGCCAAAUCGGCGAGCAUAAAAAAGCGCUGCAAGUAUUGUCUUCAGUAAUUGAGGCGUUCCGAGAGGACCAAACCCUUCUGGAAGACAGAAGAGAUUUUUUCUGCACGGAAGUGCUCCACUCGCAGGGGCUCUGGAGUUGCUGCAUUAACGAAUACGAUGCCUCGAUGGCUGCUUUUGCAGAAAUAAGCAACCACCAACCAGACAACUAUUGGAGUGUUUGCAGCAUGAUUGACACAAUGUAUAAAGGGGAGAAAUAUUCGGAUAUUAUGGCUCUUCUCAAGAAUAUGCAACACCAGACGAAUUCUGAGGGACUGAGCCGUGUAGUCGCCCUGGUACAUGAAUUUGCUUACGAUCAUGUGUACCACCUAAAUGUUAUCGAUGCCGGCAAACAUUCAAAUCAGUGGGGAGUACUGAAGGAAAUAUACCAAAUUUCCAUAGAUGCAGCCAGAAAUCACCCAAACAAGAAAAUUCUAACCUUCAUCCGUCGUUGGUAUGGUAUCGCAUUGUAUAAGUUCCCCGAGUCAGAGGACGAUCGCAAAGAGGCGAUCUCUGUCUGGGAAGAAAAUGUCGGCCUAGCCUCAACUUCAAAGGAAGAUUUUUUGGGCCCUCUCGAAAGCCCAACCAUCGAUUAUCUAGCAUCCAUAUAUCUUGAAAAGGCUAAGCAUGAAGCCUUUGGUGGGCCUCUCGCCGAACACUACGUUGCCCAGCUCCUACGCCUUUGUGAACUGUUGCCAGAGAAAAGCCACGCAAACUUUGGAAGGCUUAUUCUAGCAAGGUUGUAUUUCUUGAUGGGAAAGCGAGAUAAUGCUUUAGAUGCUGUCAAAUGGUUCGUGAAAUUCGGCCUCGAUCUUCUUUCUGAUGAAGACCUUGCCAACGAUUCGGACGGAUAUUACAUACUAGCAACCUCCCUCCACUUUGUCGAUGAUAUCAAUUCGUUAGCUGCGUGGUCAUUAUUGUGCCCUCUAGUGGAAGAAACCGAGGACCAGGGUCAACAAACAGCAAUUCGAGGUCAGGCUGAUGAGAUACCUGAACAGGAUGCAGCAGACGAAAUCAACCGUCAUUCAGGCCCCGAAGAGCACACGCCAUUGGAUGUUCGUAGUGGAAUGGCGGAUAAUAAUAUCAUUUCAGCUGGGGAAGAGGAAGGAUGUGAAGAAACAGAUACCAGGGAACCACAUUAUUUGGGGGAGGAACCUGGUAUUUUCUCCGAUGCUGAAAAUAACAACCAAUUGUCCGCAUCCGAUGAAGAUUCUAGGUCUCGAGUGCCGUCUCCAUCUCCUUCUUUCGAAUCCCGCGUAGGAACGCUGUACAUCAGAUGUGAUGGUAACCGCUACUGCGACCGAACCUGGACCUUUGCUAAUGACAUAUAUGUGUGUAAGGAUUGUUUGAAAGUGCAUUUAUGCAAAUAUUGCUUUGACAAGCUGCAGGCGGGUACCUUGCGAGAUAUCUGUUCCAGGAGAUCAGUAGUUUGCGAGAAAUCGCACGAGUUCUUGCAUGUGCCAAGAUGGAAUGAUGAGGAAGCCAGUAGGAUACCUAACGGACAUGUGAAAGUAGGUGAGAAUGUUAUUACCAUUACAGACUGGGUGAAUAAUAUGCGAAGCCAAUACGGGCUCACCGUGGGAGAAAGAAGUGAUGCGCAGAUUGUUGGAAAUGGCCAAGAUCCGAUCCUCCACACGGAUGGCUGGAAACCUUGUGUAGGAUUCAGGGUUGCUUCACGGCAUCCAACUGGCCGCGGGCUCACAAAAACCAUACUUUCUCAUGCUAGCCAUCCGUAUAAUCAAACUAUUUUUCUAUCUCCCCUCGGCUUUCCGCCUCGAGGGGGCUAUAUUCUCGUCGCAACGGCGUCAGAUCUAGAAUCAGGAGUAACCACGCCCUUGCUCAAAGAUGAUAACCUAACGGGUUUCAACGGCGAUGUCGAUGGUGGCAAUAACGAUCGCGCUCAGAUAAUCAACACGAAGCGGUCGCGGAGAAGGAAUAGACCUGAUGAGACGGCUACCUCUAGCUCGUCUGCGUCAAGAGACGUUGCCCCCAAGCAGUUGGACUCGGAGGAUGGUAAUUCUAUCAAGUAUCGGACUUGCAGCUGGCAAAAGACUUCAGCAUUGCUCUUCUCAGAAUACAUCUGCCUAGCCGUCAUGUCAUUCCCAUUCUCGUAUUCCGUUCUCGGUCUUGUACCUGGUUUGGUUUUGACGAUUUUGGUGGCUGCGGUAGUUCUCUACACCUCAUUGAUCAUCUGGGAAUUUUGUCUCCGUCAUCCAGAAGUUCGAGACGUUUGUGAUAUCGGGCAGUACCUCUUUUACGAUUCCCAACUUGCAUGGUACCUUACGGCGGCAAUGUUUUUGCUCAAUAAUACUUUCAUUCAGGGAUUGCAUUGCUUGGUGGGCGCGAAAUAUCUCAAUGUGAUGACCAAUCACGGCGCUUGUACCAUAAUAUUCGUGGCAAUAACCACCAUCAUUUCAUUCAUUUGUUCUCUUCCUAGAACUUUCAACACCCUAUCAAAACUCGCGAGUCUAUCUGCGUUCUUUACAUUCAUUUCGGUAGCGUUAGCAACGAUUUUUGCUGCUAUCCAACCACAUCCAGCGCGGUUUACUCCAGGCCCGGACAGAGGGGAAGGGGGCGGGGGAGGGGAGCCUGUUGUACUCCUCUGGCCGGCUGCAGGGACGACCUUCAUUGCCGCUAUGGGAGCGUUCCUGAAUAUCAGUUAUACGUUCAUUGGCCAGGUCACUCUCCCCAGCUUCAUCGCAGAGAUGAAGAAUCCCAAGGAGUUCAACAAGUCUCUAUAUGUCGUUACCAUCGCAGAGGUAAUCGUAUUCAGCAUCGUUGGCUCUGUCAUCUACGCAUACACUGGAAAUCAAUACAUGACAUCACCAGCAUUCGACUCGCUGAGCAACAGCGUCCAUAAAAAGAUCUCGUUCUCAUUUAUGGUUCCAACAUUGGUUUUCCUCGGCGUCCUGUAUGCUUCUAUUUCUGCCAGGUUCAUAUUUUUCCGUUUGUUCGACGGAACCCAUCACAAGGGGAAUCACACGGUUGUUGGGUGGCUGUCUUGGGGAGCUAUCCUGGCAGCAACCUGGGUCGUCGCUUUCAUGAUUGCUGAGGUUAUUCCAUUUUUCUCUGACCUGCUUUCCAUCAUGAGCUCGCUUUUCGAUUCUUUUUUUGGCUUUAUAUUCUGGGGCAUUGCGUAUAUACGCAUGCGCGGAGUGGAUUAUGGUUCAGACUUCUACCGAAAGCGUGGGUGGCGUGGGUGGCUAGGAUUCAUUCUCAACCUCGCUCUCAUUGGGAUGGGGUUCUACUUUCUAGGUCCUGGAACAUACGCUUCUGUUGAAAGCGUCCUUCUUAAAUACCAAGAAGGGAAUUUUGGAAGUGCGUUUUCAUGUGCGGAUAAUAGUUUAUAG